CUCAGCGCCAUGGGGCGGCGGCGGCUGCUGGCUUCGGCGGAGCAGCUGGCGGAGACGUGCCCGGGAGAGGCGCGAUUCCUGCUGUGGACGCUCCGCAGCUCCCGAGGUAAUGAACGUGGAUUAGAAAGGAUAUGUCCUUACUGCUUCCAGUUCCUGGUUCCUGACAGCUACCGAGUGCGCCUCAAACCAAAGAUGAAAGUGACUCCACAGAUAGAGAAGGUCCUUAAACGAGAGGCGAAGAAUCAUAAGCUUAACAUGAAACAGACAAAGCUUUUGAGAAAGUACAGGGAGUCAAGAAGCAUUCUGCUGGUUACUUGCAAAUCUUGCAACAAAACAACAAGAUACUAUGGUAAAAGCAGGGAUUUUCUGGCAGCCAAAACACAAAAUUGUGGCACUCCAGGUAUCAAAUCUAGCCUGAAGACACCAGAUGUAAAAAUUCAGUCUGCAAAGAAAAUGACACCUGUAAGCUGCAGUAGGUUGGGAUCUAAAGGGAACAGUCCCUCAUCACUUUCCAGGACACGUGAAUCUGGACAGACAACAACCAACUCUGCUUCCAAGACUCCCCGAAAUUCCAAAUUUCACUUUUCUAAGCUAAAACGGAUGCUUGACCUAGAAGAAAAAGAGAAAAACGAGAAGGCAGAUUUCAAAACCUUCUUGACUUUACUUUAGUUACAUUUUAUUUCAAAGUAAUAAAGAUUACAGCAAUAAA